AUGGAAACUCAGAUUGAUCACAGCUUGUGGGUUUUGGCCCUCUUCUCCAAAUGCCAAGCCUUGUCUUCCACGGCCACUCUCUUCGUCUUUCUCGUCUUGGCCGCAGUUUAUUCAGCUGCGGCCGUCUUCUACUGGUCCUCAACUCCCGGAGGCACAGCAUGGGGAAGGCACCACUGGAAAACAGGAAAUACUCUUCGUAAACUUGUUCAAAACCAUAAAAAUCAACUCUCCACUACCACCCCAAUUCCCGGGCCACGUGGAUUUCCAAUCAUAGGCAGCAUGAGCCUCAUGACCAACCUAGCACACCACAAGCUCACCAAAGCAGCUGAGCUCUUCCAAGCAAAGAGGCUCAUGGCUUUCAGCGCGGGUGAGACACGUUUCGUCGUCACAUGCAACCAUAACGUCGCCAAGGAGAUCCUCAACAGUCCCGUCUUCGCCUCCCGUCCGGUGAAAGAGUCGGCUUACGGGCUCAUGUUCAACAGGGCAAUUGGGUUCGCUCCAUACGGAAAUUACUGGCGUACCCUCAGACGCAUCUGCGCCUCCCACCUCUUCUCCCCCAAGCAAAUCUCCGCCUCCGAGCAUCAACGGUUCGAAAUCGCAGACCAAAUGGUUUCCAUGAUCUCGGCACGUGCCGAGAACAGCUUCUGCGUCCGCGACAUUCUCCGGAGAGCUUCGUUGAACAACAUGAUGUGCUCGGUUUUCGGACUUAAAUAUGAGCUGGGCUCGUCGAACGAAGAGACAGAGGUCCUGAGGCGGCUCGUGGACGAAGGCUAUGACCUGUUGGGGAAGCUCAACUGGUCUGAUCACCUUCCAUGGCUCGCCGGUCUGGACCUUCAGAGCGUCCGGUCUAGAUGCUCCAAGCUCGUUCCUGAAGUCAACCGGUUCGUCGGCCGAAUCAUUCAAGAACACAGAGCUCGAACCGGCCGGAAGAACCAUGAUUUUGUGGACGUUCUUCUCUCUCUUAAUGGACCUGAUAAGUUGUCCGAGAGUGACAUGAUUUCAGUUCUUUGGGAGAUGACAUUCAGAGGAGCAGACACUGUGGCGGUUUUGAUCGAGUGGAUUUUGGCAAGGAUGGUGCACCAUCACGAUGUCCAAUCAAAGGUGCACGAGGAGCUCGAUCGGGUAGUCGGAUCACGGCCGUUGGUUGAGUCUGACAUUCAAUCAAUGGUUUAUUUGCCAGCAGUGGUCAAAGAAGUCCUGAGGCUACACCCACCGGGCCCACUCCUAUCCUGGGCCCGCUUGUCCAUCAGAGACACCGUCGUGGAUGGCUAUCACGUGCCUGCGGGGACCACAGCUAUGGUGAACAUGUGGGCCAUCACCAGGGACCCAGAAGUGUGGGAGGACCCACUCCAGUUCAAGCCAGAGAGGUUUGUUUUGUCCAAGGAUGCUGACGUGCAGUUUUCUGUGUUGGGAUCUGAUUUGAGGCUGGCGCCGUUUGGUUCGGGCACGAGGGGCUGCCCCGGGAAGGCUUUGGGGUUGACCACGGUGACCUUUUGGGUGGGGUCCUUGCUGCAUGAUUUUAAGUGGGCGAAGUCGCAUCCUAAUGAGCCGGUGGACCUGUCCGAGGUGCUCAGGCUUUCUUGCGAAAUGAAACACCCACUCACCGUAAAAGUCAACCGUAGGAAUUGA